AACUUCUGGUCCAAGAUUCGCUAUCAUCUUCGGGAACCCAUAGCCGAGUGGCUCGGGACAUCAAUCACUGUUCUCGUUGGUACCUGUGGGAGUCUGUCUGUAGCAACGUCCGCAGGUCAAGCGGGCUCAUUCCUGUCCAUGAACUGGGCAUGGGGUUUCGGUGUCAUGCUUGGCAUCUACAUUGCUGGUGGCGUUUCAGGUGCUCAUCUCAAUCCUGCCAUCUCAAUUGUUCUGUCCAUCUACCGAGGAUUUCCUGCUAAGCGCUGUCUCGUGUAUAUUUGUGCGCAACUAGUUGGCGCUAUUACGGGCGCAGGGAUUGCGUUCGCAGUGUACAAAGACGCCAUCCUCCAUCUAGAUCAUGCACUGAUUCCAGAGUCAACCGGGAUAGCACUUUACACGCAGCCAAAAGCCUGGGUCAGUCCUGUCACGGGAUUCUUCAAUGAAUACGUGGCUACCGCUGUACUGGCGUGUGCAAUCUUCGCACUUGGAGAUGACAGCAAUGCUCCUCCUGGCGCUGGUAUGCAUUCCUUCGUCAUCGGGCUCAUCGUAGCCGUGUUGUGUAUGACUUUCGGCUAUAAUACGGGCGGAUGCUUUAAUCCUGCACGCGAUUUUGGUCCCCGGCUUGUCGCGCUUAUGGGCGGCUACGGAAGGGAGUCUUUUAUUGCUUAUCGGUGUUGGUUCCUGUGGGGAGGAUGGAUCGCAACAAUUGCCGGGGCCAUUGCUGGAGGUGGUCUGUACGACAUUGUCAUCUUUACCGGUGGAGAGUCGCCGAUCAAUUAUCCC